UGAUUUGUUUAAUAAACAAUCCAAUUUAAUUUUCAUAUCAAUCAUGUCAUUUUAUUAUUUAUAUUUAUUCCACACACGUGGAAAAAAGAAAAUAAUUUGAGGAUUAGAGUUAAAAUGGAUUGGAACAGAGAAGGCUCUACAAAAUUUGGGAACAAAAUCGAGUAAACAUGUUGCAGUGUAUAUUUCUUCUAUUAGAUUCCGGGGAAGUGUUGCUUGAGAAACAGCUUACUGGUCACCGGGUUGACCGCACCAUAUGUGAUUGGUUUUGGGACCAAAUACUUACUCAAGGUGAAUCUUUGAAGCUUGUACCUGUUAUUGCUUCACCCAACCAUUACCUGUUUCAAGUGGUUCGUGAGGGGAUCACCUUCUUGGCGUGCACCCAAGUUGAGAUGCCACCUUUGAUGGCAAUUGAGUUCCUUUGCAGGGUCGCUGAUGUUCUUUCAAAUUAUUUGGAUGGCUUGAAUGAAGAUGUGAUUAAGGAUAACUUUGUUAUUGUUUAUGAGGUAUCUAUUUACUACUCCCUCCGUCCCUGAAAUGUAUGAACAUUUGGUUCGACAUGGGUUUUAAUGUAUAGUGUAAUGAUAUAAGUUGUAAAUAAAAUGAUGUGUAGGCGUAAUGGUUUUUUAACUAUUCCAAAAUUAGAAAGUUCAUAAUUUUCAAGGAUUGACUUAUAAGGAAAUAGUUCUCAUUUUAAAGGGACGGAGGUAGUAUGAUUUUGCCAGCUGGUUAUAUUUUUCGUAAAAAUGAUAA